GGGGAUUUUUUUUCUUUGUGUGUGUGUGUGUGUGUGUGUGUGUGUUUAUAAGUACUUACAUGAUGGUUGCAAAAUGUACUGUGUAAAAUAUAUAUUCUGUAAGUGAAUGUCAAAUAAGAUUAUAAUUUCAAAUUAGUAAGAAAAUAGAAAAAUAAACUGCUAAUAUUUCCAUUCAUAAUACUUAAAACAUUAAAAAUAUAAAUUAUUUGUUGUAAGGAUGUUUAGAUGUUCAGACUUGUCCUUUUCACUAUCUCUAGCAGACACUUGAGUCACUUCGUUUCCAGAUUAAAACUUACAUCUUCAAGUACAGUAUCCUCUUUGGCAGAAGUUCAAGGACAUAGUGAAACAAACUUCUUGGUACUUUUGCCAGCGCUUUCAAACUGAUACUGGAAUGAGGGCACCCUCUCAUCCAUCAGUAGAUAACCAAGAUGCAAAGAGGCAGAGUUGCCGAUCCUUACCUUUGGCUGGUCAUGUUGGUUUUGAUAGUUUACCAGAUCAGUUGGUGAACAAAUCUAUCCAUCAGGGAUUUUGCUUCAAUAUUCUCUGUAUUGGUGAGACUGGAAUUGGAAAAUCAACUUUGAUGGAUAGCUUGUUUAAUACCAAUUUUGAUGACUGUAUGUCAACACAUUUUCAGCCUAAUGUAAGACUUAAAGCUGAGACUUAUGAACUACAGGAAAGCAAUGUUCGGUUGAAGUUGACAGUUGUAAAUACUGUUGGAUUUGGUGACCAGAUAAACAAAGAUGAUAGCUAUCAACCAAUAGUGGAUUACAUAGAUGCACAAUUUGAGGCCUAUCUCCAAGAAGAGCUGAAGAUUAAACGUGCUUUAUAUAAUUACCAUGACACUCGCAUCCAUGUGUGCCUGUACUUUAUAUCACCCACGGGGCAUUCUCUUAAAACUCUUGAUUUAUUAACCAUGAAAAUAUUGGAUAGCAAGGUGAAUAUUAUUCCAAUUAUUGCCAAAGCAGAUACAGUUUCUAAAUCUGAACUACAGAGAUUUAAGAGUAAAAUUAUGAGUGAACUGGUCAGUAACGGAGUCCAAAUAUACCAGUUUCCAACAGACGAUGAGACUGUUGCUAAAGUUAAUGCCACCAUGAAUGGAUACUUGCCUUUUGCUGUAGUGGGGAGUGUGGAAGAGAUAAAGAUUGGAAACAAAACUGUAAAAGCUCGGCAGUAUCCUUGGGGCAUUGUACAAGUGGAGAAUGAGCACCACUGUGAUUUUGUGAAGCUCCGGGAAAUGCUGAUUUGUACAAACAUGGAAGAUCUGAGAGAGCAGACUCACAUGAGCCACUAUGAACUGUACCGGCGCUGCAAAUUGGAACAGAUGGGUUUCCGAGACACUGGUCCAGAAAACAAACCUGUAAGGAUGCCAGAUAGCAAAAAGACGUCUCGUAGAGAAAGUUUACAAGAGACAUAUGAAGCUAAGCGGCAUGAAUUCCUUGGUGAAUUACAGCAGAAAGAAGAAGAGAUGAGGCAAAUGUUUGUUCAGAGAGUGAAGGAGAAAGAAGCACUGCUAAAAGAAGCUGAGCGAGAGCUACAAGUGAAAUUUGAACACUUGAAACGGCUUCAUCAAGAAGAGCGGAUAAGGGUGGAGGAGAAAAGAAAGCUCUUGGAAGAUGAAAUUAUGGCAUUCAAUAAAAGAAAGGCUGCUUCAGACAUACUCCAAGGGAGGCCUCUUCCUGCUACCCCCACUGUUGGCUUAAAAAAAGAUAAAGAUAGGAAAAAGGAUCCAGGUUUUCGUCUUGAGCUCCUCUGUUUUGAUGUCAGAGAUCAGGAAGUUAUGAAUAUGCAGGAAGAGAGAGAGAAGUUAGAAAGGGACAGAAUCCAUCCCAGGGAAUACCAUCAAUAGUAUUUGGUAGCAGUUUGACAAUAUGGUUAGGGUAUGUCAGUUUUCAAAAUUGCAGAGAGAAAAAUUGAGAGGUUUGCUGUUUCUUUAAAUCUCAUUUGCUGUCUCUGUUUCUUAAAAAGUAGUACCAAAACUCACAGCACCCUGUGAGUGAUGAUAGAAGAUAUUGUGGAAUUAUCAACAAAAUAUGUAUUAUGAAAUACAGUAUAAUAUGUCCAUGUACUGUACUAAGAAUGCAAUUCUAUAUGCAGUAUAGCAUAGUUGCAUAUUAACCAUUUGAUUAUUAUCAAACUAGAAAUCUGCCCACAAAUUAGAAUUCUGGGCAGAAUGAUCCUGAAUGGGACUAGUGGUGACGAACAAGAUUUUUUCCUUUCCUUUUUGUUCAAAAUGAAAUGACAUUUUUCUUUGUCACCUGGAAAACCAGGCAUAGAUAAUGGCCCUGAAUUCAGCUCCUUUUUGGGAAGAGAGCAGUUCUGUGUUUAGCAACUACAGUAAUUUGACAAUUUCAUUUUAAAUUAAACAUACAGAACCACACAUUAGUAUUAUUAUAUGGACCACUCAAAGAUCCAGCUGUGAGCUGUAAGCACACCAUGGAAACAAAAUAUGUUUAAAAUGCAUUAAUGACAAACACGUCCUUUGAUUUUAUAAUAUGGUGCCUAAAAUAUAAGGAACAAAACUCCCUCAUGCAGUAGUAAUUACAAUUUAUUGGAACUUGAAAGUAUGUUUCAUUAUUUGGAUUCUGAGGUUUGGCCAAAUAGAAUGGGAAAUAGUAAUUUUGAAAGCCAUAGCUGUGAAAUAGUUGUUUGAAAGCAUAUCUUAAGAUACAUAAUUAAAUGACAAAUGAUGUGGAUUUAGCAAAAAUGUACUUCCUGUAAUUUAAUUUUGGCCACAGUUCUUUGCCCAUUGAUUUGAAAGAGAGAAAAAUAGAUUUAAGGAAAAACUUGGUCUUUUCUGUGUAGUGCUGGAACAAGCAACAUAAUGAUAAUGUACACCUGUUUUCAUUAGCCAGCAUUGUGUAGUGGUUUGAGUGCAGGAUUAUGACUCUGGAAACCAGGGUGCUCAGCCAUAGAAAUCCACUGGAUGACCUUGAGAAAGUCCUACUAUCUCAGCCCUAGGGCCCUUCCAGACAGGCCAGAAAUCUGGGAGGAACUGGGUUAUUUUAACCCAGUUCCUCUUGGAUUUCUGCCCUCACCCCAAAUCGAAACCCCACGUCUUCCCUCAGAGGUAGGUGUGUGUGUGUGUGUGUGUGUCUUCCCUCGGGGGAUGGAUUGGGUCAACCAAAUCCCUGUUUUCUCUGAAUUAAUUCAGUUUUGCCUCAGGUAAAACUGAGACAGGCCCCAGAAUAUGGGUCUGUCUGGAAGGGCCUUUAGAGAAAGGCAAAGGCAAACCUUUUGGGACAAAUCUUGUGAAGAAAACCCUGUGUUCGGUUUGUCUUAGGGUCACCAUAAGUCAAAAACGAUUUGAAGGCACACAACAACAGCAUCCAUUUCCUGUUAUAUAUAAUUAUUUUGAUUUUUGUAUUAAGGGGGUCCCACUUUUUAAAAAAGUAUAAACCAUCAGUGAUACAACUACAAUGCUGUUAUCUGUUACAUUAUUGAGAUUAAUAUAGUAUGUGUAUUUCACAAAUAUUAAAACUCAUUCAUUGGCAUGGGGUGGUUUGAUUUAGUUGUGCAGAUAAUGCAGAUUGUACUGCUGUUUCUGAAAUAUACCACUCUAUACUGGAAUUUUUACUCCCUUCAUCUGGAACGCUAGCAAGUAGAACAAUCCUUUAUAUGGCAUGCUUGUUUUCUGUAUGAAAAACUAGGAAAAACACGUGUCACUUGCUAUUUCUGUAUGCAUUCAGAAUUUUAUCCCUCUGGUUUUUAUCAAUGUAAGCAUGGGUUUCUUAAGACAGAGACUUCAGUACUACAAAUAACCUUUGCUUUCUGUAGAAAAAUAUGUAAAUGGAUUUUUUUUUUGUUUCAGCUCUGGCUUUAUGUGAAACUGAAGAGACAAGAAGAAAUUAUUUGCAUUUCUCUUUGAGGAAAUUUGGUUGCCCUUCUCCCCU